AUGAGGAUUCCUAAAGGAGAAGGUGCUAAGUUUUCAGCUACUACCGUUUAUUUGGAACAUUUAACGACUGCCUUAAGUUGUCUAGUUCCAUUUGGGAAUAAAGACGAUGUUUUGAUAUUCAUUGAUAAAGAUGGAUUAUCGUUUGUAAGAGACAAUAACCAUGUUAUAAGGAUCCAAUUGUUUUUAUCAAGAGAGCUAUUUAUGUCCUACUCUUUUGAAAAUGAAAUAGCAAAUGAUCAAUCAGCUUCAGAGGCUGGAGCUGGAACCCAUAAUGAGCAAAUGGAAGAUCAUUUAAAGGUGAGCGUUAAAAUAAAUCAUAUUUUAGAUAGUGUAAGUAUUAUUAACAGGAAUGUGGAUGAUAUUGUGGAAUGUACUUUAUUCUAUAAUGGGUAUGGUACCCCAUUCGUUCUGGCAUUCGAAGAUUCGUUGAUUUCAGAGAGAGUAGCAUACUCGACAUAUUUGACCAAAGAAAUAGACAAUACGGGACUAGAAUUGGAUAGAUCUCAAAUCAUUUUUGAAUGUAUGGUAAAGGGGGAUGUUUUAUAUACUGCAUUGAAAGAUUUAAAAGAAAUUGGAUGUAAAGAAUGCUAUAUAUAUGCAAAAUCCAACGAUAAUCCAAUGGAAAAUGUAUUUGCAUUGAUUUCGAAGUCACAGUUAGGCUUCUCUAAGAUCAAGAUUCCAAGUAGUAGGUCUAUCUUAGAAAAAUUGCAAGUUUAUGAUGGAGACUCGACUACCAAAAGAAAUAAUGAGCCAGUAAUAGGCUUUUUUGAUUUUAACACAUUUGAUAAGAUUAGAAUAAGUACAAAAAUUGCCAGUAAAGUACUAUUUAGAAUGGAUGUUCACGGUUUGUUAAGUGUUAAUAUUUUAAGCCAAACAGAUGACGUUAUGGUUUCUGACGUUAGAAAUUCUAAAAAAACAUCAAAUGCAGCUGAUAAUUUGUUUAAUUUUGAUUCCUAUACAAAUCAGAAACAGAUGCAACUGCCUAAAGACUACCCAGGCAUUGUGAUAGAAAUUUGUAUGCUAGAGAAAGAAGCCAUUGACUCCUUGGCUCAAGAAGAAAUCGCACUAUUAAUGGAUACUAAUGAUACUACAGGGAUGUCAGAAAUUACUAAAAGACAAACAAUUGCUGUAAAUAAGUUAACAGAUCAAACAUCCCCUUUAAAUCAUACAAAUGGUAAUAUUUUAGGCCUGAAUGGUAAAGUAGACGAUAAAUUUCAAUCGAUUGAUGAAAGCAGUGUUCCGGUCAAUUUUAUUCCUCAACAUGAUAGUAAUGGACAUGAUAAUGAAGGAACUCAAGAUCGUGAGAAUCGGAAACGUAAAAAAACUGAAACUAGUAAUUCAUCUGUAAACGGUUUACCAUUGUUCUUUUAA